CGAAAAAGAGCCGACUGCGAAACUCCGAACUAAAGGGUCCACAAACUUUGAAUUUCUUCCGGGAAGAAUUAUAUUUAUAUAUUUUUAUAUAUCGCACGACAAAUUAUCUACCUCAACCAGUCGAAGUGAUCUGUUUUUGUUCUUGAAGUCAGCCCUCUUCCUGUUUACAUUACUUUUUGCCGCAGGGCCUGUUUCUGUUUUGCACUAUCAACAAGAGGAAAUGGCUGAACUUCAGGUGUUUCACAGUUGAGAAGGAGUAACUAAUGCACUUCAGCACCUUUAUCAAGAACUCAGUGAGCGGCUCCCGCAGCUGAUGACCAAAGAGCCCGGCCCUCGCCCACUCCCAGCAGGACCGUCCUCCAGCCUCACGCCUCUGCACGGGACAGCAACAUGUUCCAGAGGUUCACCAGCGUCUUGUUUGGAGACUCCCUGGAGGAGGGCAGUGGAUGUCCUGCCGAUCCAGACUUCAACGAGAAGGAGGAGGACGACGAGUGGAUUCUGGUCGAUUAUCUAGCAAAGGCCUGCUCUGGUGCAUGUGGAGAUGAUCUGGAGGUUUGCCAUGAUGACGUUGCUCCGCUUGACCCUCCCGUGCGCUGCUCCUCCUGCUCCUCUCUGGAUUCGGUGGCAGACACUGAUGCAGAGGACGGCAACUUCUUGCAUCUGGAGGCCACGUGUGGGCUGGAGGAGAGCUGGUUCAUCACUCCUCCACCGUGUUUCAUGGCUGGAGGCAGAGCUCCGGUCCUGCUGGAGACAAGUCCUCUGGAGAACCUACUGAUCGAGCACCCCAGCAUGUCCGUGUACGCCGUUCACAGCCCUCGUCAGCGACCUGCCAAGGACAGCACCCGUGAGCCAUCCAUUUUAAGAUCUGAAGUUCAGCGCCGGCCGAGUCACCCUUCUGGAUGUUACGCAGCCGCUCUGGUCGCUGCUCAUGCAGGGUUUCUGGAGCAGACCAAGAACGGCCGCUUGGCGCAGCGUAUUCGGGACAACGUUGAUCGGCAGCAGCUGUCUCGCAACGCCUUGCGCCGCCUCAAUCUGCUGCGUGAUGGCGGAGCUAGACAGGCUAAAGCCACCGGGGGCUACGUUCACCAGCCGGGACAGAGGCAGUUCAACUACUGAGACGGUCCCCACUGCACUCCCCGUCCCCUCCUGCACGCCGGCCCUCCACACUGGGAGAUUAGUCUUUCGCCAGAAGGAACGGAGUCUUUAGAAUCAAUGCCAUAGGUCACUUUAAUUCACGGCAGGUUCCGCUCUUCCUGAAUGUGUCUGCGUCAUGUUUUUCCUGUAUAAGCUCCAUCUGUUCGGUCUUGCGUGUCAUGAAGAGUUGAAUAACCAAGUGUUUUGUUUGAGUGGGAUUGUGCUCAGUGCUGAGCAUGUGUAGGCAGCUUGACACUUUCGUUGCCUUUAAUUGCGUUGCUUUUUAUUUGAAAGCCAUACUCUGUCCAAUCACUUCAUCAGCAGCACUUAUCUUUUUAGGUUGGAACCUGCCUGUGAUUCUAUAUAGAUCAGUGCUUUCUUCCUCUUUAUUUUCUCUCUCUCU